AUGAGAAGAGGAAAUAUCUCUCCUGUCUUCUGGUUCCUGCGGCUGCUUCUCUUUGGACUUCUGGGACCCAGCUCUGAGAAUACCACAGCCUUCACAAAAGGCUCCGACACCACCACAGCCUCCAUCACAGGCUCUGAGACCACCAUGGCCUCCACCAUGGCCCCUACUACGGCCUUAACUACAGGCUCUAAGAUCACCACAGACUCUACCACAGGCUCUGAGACAACCUCGGCCUCCACCAUGGCUUCUACUGCAGCUUUCACCACAGGCUCUGAGACCAACACAGCCUCCACCACAGACUCAGGGACUACUAUAGCCUCCACUAGGACCUUCCUCACAGGCUCUGACACAGCCACAGCCUCCACUGCAGGCUCUGAAACUAUCGUGGCCUCCACCGCAGUCUCUGAGACCACAACAACCUCUACUAUAGCCUCCACUACAGUCCCUGAGACUACCAUGGCCUCCAGCACAACCUCCACUGCAGGCUCUGAGACAACGAUGGCCUCCUCCAUAAUUUCUGAGACCACCAUGGCCUCCACCACAGGCUCUGAGACUCCCACAGUCUCUACCACAGGCUCUGAGACCACCACCACCUCCACUGCAGGCUCCGAGGCCACUAAAGUCUCUACCACAGGCUCUGAAACCACCACAGCAUCUCCUGCAGGUUCUGAGACCACCACUACCUCCACCUCCACGGCAGGCUCUGAGGCCACCACAACCUCAACUGCAGACUCCAAGAUGAUCACGGCAUCCAGCAUGAGCUCUGAGACCACUAUGGCCCCCACUGCAGGCUCUAACACCACCACAGCCUCUACCACAGGUUCUGAGACCACUACAAUCCUGAUUAAAGCCUCUGAGACCGCCACAGCCUCUACAGCAGGUUCUGAGACCACCACCCCCUCCCCCACAGGCUCUCAGACCAUCAUAGUCUCUAUUUCAGGUUCUGAGAUCACCACCACCUCCACGGCAGGAUCUGAGACCACCACAGUCUCUAGUGCAGGCUCUGAGACCACCACAGCUUCUACGGCAGGCUCUGACACCACCACCAUCUCCACUGCAGGCUCUGAGACCACUACAGUCUCUACCACAGGCACUGAGACCACCAUGGUCUCCGCCAUGGGCUCAGAGACCACCACAAACUCUACUACAAGCUCUGAGACCACCGUCACCUCUACUGCAGGCUCUGAGACCACCACAGUCUCCACCAUGGGCUCUGAGACCACGGUCACCUCCACUGCAGACUCUGAGACCACCACAGUCUCCACCAUGGGCUCUGAGAUGACCACAGUCUUCACUGCAGGCUCGGAGACCAUCACACCCUCUACUGCAGGCUCAGAGACCACCACAGUCUCUACUGCAGGCUCUGAGACCACCACAGCCUUUACUGAAGGCUCUGAGACCACUACAGUCUCCACCACAGGCUCUGAGACCACAACAGCCUCUACUGCACGUUCUGAGACCACUGCAGCCUCCACCAUGGGCUCUGAGACCACAGUCUCCACUGCAGGCUCUGAGACCACCGCAGCCUCUACUGAAGAUUCUGAAACCAACACAGCAUUUACUGAAGAUUCUGAGACUACCACAGCCUCUACUACAGGGUUUGAGACAACCACAGCCUCUACUACAGGGUUUGAGACAACCACAGCCUCUACUACAGGCUCUGAGCCUACCAUGGCAUCCACCAUGGGCUCUGAGACCACUAUGGCCUCUACCAUAGGCCCUGAGACCACCAAGGUCUCCACUGCAAGCUCUGAGGUGACCACAGUCUUUGCUGCAGGCUCUGAGACAAUCACAGCCUCUACCACAGGCUCUGAGACCACCAUGGCCUCCAGCACAGGCACUAAGACCACCACAGCCUCCACCACGUGCUUUGAGACCAGCACAGAUUCUACCACAGGCUCUGAGACCACCACAGCCUCUACUGAAGGCUCUGAGACCACCACAGCUUCCACUGCAGGCUCUGAGGCCACCACAGUCUCUACUGAAGGCUCUGAGGCCACUACAGUCUCCACCACAGGCUCUGAGACCACUACAGUUUCUACCACAGACUCAGAGACCACUACCACCUGUACUGAAGGCUCUGAGAUGACUGCGGUCUCCACCACAGUCUUUGAGACCACCACAGCCUCUACUGAAGGCUCUGAGACCACAAUAGCCUCUACUUCAGACUCUGAGACCACCACAGCUUCUACUGAGGGUUCUGAGACCACUACAGUCACUACUGUAGGCUCUGAGACCAAAACAGCCUAUACUACAGGCUCUGAGACCACCACAGCCUCUACUACAGGCUUGGAGACUACCACAGUCUUUACCAUAGGCUCUGACACCACCACAGCCUCUACUGAAGGCUCUGAGAUCACUGCAGUCUCUGCCACAGGCUCUGAGACCACCACAGUCUCUACUGAAGGCUCUGGGACCACUACAGUCUCCACCAUAGGCUCUGAGACCACUAAAGUUUCUACCACAGGCUCAGAGACCACUACCACUUCUACUGAAGGCUCUGAGAUUACUACAGUCUCCAUCACAGGCUCUGAGACUACCACAGCCUCUACUGAAGGCUCUGAGACCACCUCAGCCUCUACUACAGGCUCUGAGACCACCACAGCCUCUACUACAAGCUCUGAGCCUACCAUGGCAUCCACCAUGGGCUCUGAGACCACUGUGGCCUCUACCAUAGGCUCUGAGACCACCAAGAUCUCUACUGCGAGCUCUAAAAUGACCACAGUCUUCACUGAAAACUCUGAGACCACCAUAGCCUCUACCACAGGCUCUGAGACCACCACCACCACCUCUACUGAAGGCUCUGAGACCAGUACAGCCUCUACUGAAGGCUCUGAGACCACUACAGUCACUACCACAGGCUCUGAGACCACAACAGUCUAUACCACAGGCUCUGAGACCACCACAGCCUCUAAUGAAGGCUCUGAGACUGCCACCACCUCUACUGAAGGCUCUGAGACCACCACAGCCUCUACUGAAGGCUCUGAGAUCACUACAGUUUCUACCACAGGCUCUGAGACCACCACAGUCACUACUACAGGCUCAGAGACCACCACAGUCUCUACUGCAGGCUCUGAGACCACCACAGUCUCUACCACAGGCACUGAGACUACCAUCACCUCUACUGAAGGUUCUGAGACCACUACAGUCACUACCGCAGGUUCUGAGACCACAACAGUCUAUAACACAGGCUCUGAGACUACCACCACCUCUACUGAAGGCUCUGAGACCACCACAGUCUCUACCAUGGGCUCUGAGACCACCACAGCCUCUACCAUAGAUUUGGAGACCACCACAGUCUCCACCUCAGGCUCUGGGACCACCACAGCCUCUACCGCAGGCUCUGAGACCACAACAGUCUAUACCACAGGCUCUAAGACUACCACCACCUCUACUGAAGGCUCUGAGGCCACUACAGUUUCUACCACAGGCUCUGAGACCAUCACGGCCUCUACCACAGGCUCUGAGAUGACUACAGUCUCUACCACAGUCUCUGAGACCACCACAGUCUCUACCAUAGGCUCUGAGACCACCACAUCCUCUGCUGCAGGCUCUGAGGCCACCACCACCUCUACUGAAGGCUCUGAGACAACCACAGCCUCCACUGCAGGCUCUGAGACCACCACAGCCUCCACUUCAGGCUCUGAGACCAACACAGCCUGUACCACAGGUUCCGAGACCUCCACACCCUCCAGUGGAGGCUCUGAGACCAACACUGCCUUCAUCAUGGGCUCUGAGACCGCCAUAGCUUCCACUACAAGCUUGGAGCCCACUGCGACUUCCCUCACAGGCUCUGAGACCACCACAGUCUCUAUCACAGCCUCUGGGGCCACUGCAGCCUCCACCACUGUCUCUGCCACCACUUUUGUACCCACCAAGGCCACUGAUGUUUCUAUCCAGCCCAUCACCAACACACCUAUGUCAGGCACCAGGACCACUGGAACCAGACCCACUGCCUCCAGCUCUGUCACCAUGGCCCCUGGAAUGGACUUCACGGCCUCUGCUGCCAGCCAUACUGUGCCAGGAAUAGUCUCAAACACCUCUGGCCUGGGUACAUCUACUAUGGGAGCAUCAUCUACCACCUCAGCCCCCAGUGUCAGGACCACCACAGGAUCCACCCAUGAGCCAACCAGGAGCACCUCCCAGGAAACAGGCCCAGUGUCCACGGGCACAAACACAGUUAGCGUGAGCCACACACCCACAAACGUGAUCAAACCAAGUGGAUAUUUACAGCCCUGGGCUAUCAUCCUCAUUUCCCUAGCUGCAGUCGUGGCUGGUGUUGGAUUGUCAGUAGGACUGAGUUUUUGUCUGAGAGACCUUUUCUUCCCCCUGAGAAACUGUGGUAUUUAUGACCCCCAUGGCCACAGCCACGGCCUUGGUCUGGACCUGGACUUGGGCCUGGGCUCUGGGACAUUCCGCAGCCUGGGAAAUGCACUGGUUCAUGGAGGAGAACUUGAAAUGGGACAUGGAGGAACACAUGGCUUUGGAUGUGGAGUGGGCCAUGGACUGAGCCACAUCCAUGGAGAUGGCUACGGAGUGAAUCAUGGCGGGCAUUGUGGACAUGGAGGCGGCCACUGA